AUAAUAAAUUUUGUUUUUAUUUAAAUAAAAUAAAAAUAAAUAAAUUCAUUGUUCUCGAGAAAAUAGUUCAGCUGUAUUAAAAUGUGAUAAAAAUUAGUGUUCUUAUUUUACCUUAUGGAUUAAUAUUAUUUAUACCAUUUUCAUAUAUUAUUUAACUAAUUAUAAUAAGUGGGAAAUAUCAAUAAAAUAAAUAAAAAUGGCAUUAUUUUUAAUAAUAGUUUCCAUUAUUUUAAUAAGUUUGUAUAAAUAUAUCCUAAGAUUCAUCCAAUAUAUAAGAUUUUUUAUCAUGAUUAACAAACUUCCCGGUCCGGCACCAUAUCCAAUUCCUUAUAUUGGUUUAUCUGCUUGGAAUGUCAAAGGAGAAGAUCUAUCAACAUGGAUUCACAACCUUCAUAAAAAAUCAAAAACAGGUAUCAUGCAACUCGCUGUAUUUUUGGACUCUUAUCUUUUCAUAAGUAAACCGCGACAUAUGGAGGCUAUUCUACCAAAAAUGGAAACUAUAACAAAAGCUGCUCUAUAUCAAAAAUAUAAUAUAUGGUUGGGUAAUGGUCUAAUAACCGCGUCAGGCGAAAAAUGGUUUCACAAUAGAAAAAUUUUAACGCCAGCUUUUCAUUUUGGUGUUGUGGAUCAAUUUAUGGAAACCAUGUCAGAAAAAGCAGAAAUUCUUGUUGAAUGUAUAGAAAAUGAAAUAAAAGAGAAUGCGGGAGAAUCAAUUGAUUUUUAUAAGCAUUCUGUCAGAUGUGCACUAGAUAUUAUUUGCGAAACUUCAAUGGGAGCAAAUAUAGACGUUCAAAGGAAUCAAGACAUAGAAUAUAUCAAAGCUUUAGAAGUUUUACUUCAAGUUCUUGUUAAGAGAAUUUUUUAUCCAUGGUUAAAUUAUGAUUGGAUAUUUUAUAAAACAAAAAUGGGAAAGGAUUUUAAAAGAAGUGUAGAGCUGACGAAUAAUUUUACAAUUGGAAUUAUUAAAAAACGCAGACAAUUGCGAAAAUUGAAAAAUUCUGAAGACAAACGAGAUGAAUUUGGUAAACGACAGAAAAAAGCAUUUUUGGAUCUCAUAUUGGAUUUGGACGAGAAUGAGAAAGUUCAUAUGACAGAUGAAGAAAUAAGAGAACAAGUGGAAACGUUCAUGUUCGCUGGACACGAUACAGUUGCCUCAGCAAUAAACUGGGCGAUAUUUAACAUUGGAAACAAUCCUGAUGUUCAACUAAAGAUACAUGAAGAAUUGGAUGCUGUAUUUGGUGUUUCAAAGGUACAAGCAACCAUGCAACAAAUUGCCGAACUCACAUAUCUCGAUCGAGUGAUCAAAGAAAACCUCAGAAUGUGUCCUUCCGUUCCAAUGAUUGGACGACUUUUGACAAAAGACAUUGAAUUAGAUGGUUUUACUGUUCCUAAAGGAACAAAUCUGGGACUUCAUAUAUUUUGCCUACAUCGGGAUCCAGAAAUAUGGCCCGAUCCUUUGAAAUUUGAUCCUGAUCGAUUUUUACCAGAAAAUUGUCGAAAUCGAAAUCCUUACGCAUAUAUUCCAUUUAGUGCAGGACCGAGAAAUUGUAUAGGAAUGAAAUUUGCACUAACAGAGCAAAAAAUUGUUUUAACAUCAAUUUUACGAAAAUUUAGCGUUAAAAGUGUGAGAAAGUUUGAAGAAAUGAAAUAUCAAGCAAAUUUUGUCCUUCAUCCACAUAAUGGAAAUCCUAUCUAUUUCUUCCCUCGUUAAAUAAUAAUAAUUAUUUUGACUGAAAAAAUUUUUUUUUUGCUUAUUCAUUAUUAAUAAUAAUAUCUAUUAAUUAUCAAUUGAUAAAUUAAUUGUUUUCUCUUGCAAAAGAGAAGAAAAUUUUUAAUUGUUAAUAUGUUGAAAAGUGAUAAAAAAAAAAAAUCGUAAAUUAUUUCCUCGACCACAGAACAAAAUGUCUCGAACUUGUUAUCGUUUGGAUAACAAAAUGCAAACAAGUAUUUAUUUUGAACACUGGAAAAAAAUCACACACUCUACUGCAGUGAAUGAAUCGAAUUUUUUAUUGACGAAUUAAAAACUGAUUAAAAUUAUUUAUAAAUUUAAUUUAAUUAUUUGGAAUAUUAGUUUAUUUAAUUUUCUAUUAUAAAUAUAAAAAAAAAUUUAAUUCUAUUUUAAAAAAAAAAUAUAAAAAAUUAUAUGUCAA